AAAUUAUUAUUUUUCUUUUUAAUUUGAUAUAGCGGAAAAUUAAAUUUUAUGAAAGAAACUGCGCUAUCACAUGUCUGUCUAUAAAGUAAAAGUGUAUAAACUGGAGAUACAUAUAGAAUUGUGUAUUUUUUUAUUGCAAACGCCAAUAAAUUAAGCCAAAUCGCUCAAGCAAUGCAAACAUUGUACAAUGUUCAUAUGAGGCUAUAUGGAUCAAGACAGCUUCAGUGAGACAACGGCAGCAGCAGCAGCGUCGUGGAGAGCGAGUUAAAAUGAAGCAAAGAUAAACAACUUUAACAAUAUGAGUUCAACAAAUGAAGUACACACAAAAUAAAGUAUACAAAAAAACAAACAAUUUAAAAUUAUAACAACAGCAACAACAACAGCGAAGUUUAAUAAACAACAAGCAAACAACAACCGCUGCAUUUAGCUGUAUGAAGAGCGAGGGUAACAACACACGGCAUAUCAUUUGACACUUAUGUGUGGGUAGCAUUCGCAUUUGUGCCGGUGAGCAGUAAAGUGCCUAGAGGCGGCAAGCUUAUUAUACUAAUUUUUAUUAUUUCUCAAAUAUUUUGCUAUUUAAUUUCCAAUUGAAAGGGCUGACGCAAAAUUGUCAAUUUUAAAUUCUAAGUCACGAGUCGCAACUAAACAGUGCAAUUACUCAAUCAUGGAACAGUGGAAUAAUGUCGAAUUGACCAGUUUAAGGAAGAAAUCCUAUACAUUAAAUCAUGAAUAUGAUUUAGCUAAUAAAUGCGUGAUUGCGAACAAUAAUAUCGAUGCGUCGACCGCUGGCGACAAUAAUGCCAAUGGCAGUAACGAUGCCAACAAUGCCAAUCAAAGUGAAUUAUUACAGCCAGGCUCGAAUAUUAAGCCAAAAGUGACGGCUGAAAAUGUGGAAUCAUUAGUGCGACGACUCUAUGGCAUAACAAUAAAUGAGAUCAAAGAGUUGAUAUCAUAUGACGAUCGCAAUUAUCUAAUACAACCAGACUGGAAUAUAAAAAAUCCAAUUAUCGCAACGCCAUGGCCACACGGUUAUGUUUUGAAAAUUCUUAAUGCGUUGGACUCGAAAAAAACCGACUUCAUUGAUGCGCAGAAUCAACUUAUGAAUUAUUUGUCCAAAGAAGGCAUAGUUUGUCCCACACCAAUAACUAAUGUGAAUGGCAAAUAUUUUUCGGUGGUACACCUUAAUGGCGCUGACUAUGUUGUACGUCUGUUGGAGUUUGUACCGGGCAAGAUGUUUCAUGAAGUGGAGAAGUCAAAUUAUCUGCUAUAUAAGAGCGGUGAAUACAUAGCUAAGAUCGACAGAGCGCUGAAAAACUUCCAACACGACGCCUACGACACACACAAAACCUUAUGGAUGUUGGAAUCUGUACCACAAUUGCGUGAAUUCCUCUAUGCUCUACAGGAUCACGAACGCAAAGCAAUUGUUGAGGAAAUAAUCGAAUCAUUCGAAAAUAAUGUACUCAAUAAAUUAGAUGCGCUGGAAAAGCAAAUCAUACAUGGUGAUUAUAACGAACAGAAUAUCAUUGUUGAACAAUCGAAAUCUUCUGCAAGUGGCGAAUACAAAGUGAAGGGCAUCAUAGAUUUUGGUGAUACAAACAAAUCGCCAAUAAUAUUCGAAAUCGGCAUUGCAUUAACAUAUAUGAUACUGCAGGCAAAAUCACUAGAAAGCGGUGGCUACUUCCUUGCCGGUUACACCGAUAUACGACCAAUAAGUAACGAUGAACGUUUACUAUUGAAAUACUGCGUAGUAGCACGCUUAGCACAAAGUCUCGUAAUGGGCGCAUACACGCACUCGUUGGAUCCAUCUAAUGAAUAUGUAUUGGUAACACAAGAGGAAGGUUGGAAAAUGAUUGAAGAAUUGUGGCGUAAUCGUUUUACGGAAAUUGAUGAAUUAUGGCAGACAACAGCUGAUAAAUAUCUUACGCAAAGUGUUAAAUAACUUUGACUCGAAAGCCUAUCAUCUUCGCCGCAUAUAUGUAUGUUGUCGGCUAUAGCACACGGCGCGUACUCUAUUAUAAUAUAACCAGAAAGGUCCCGGAUUUUUAUCUGGCCAAGAACUGUCAAAUCGGCAGCAUUCCUCAAAACUAUUUGCCGCUACAACAACAACAACAGUACUAUAUAUAUAACCAAUCCAGUCAAUUUUAAAAAAAUAUAACAUGUCAAUUUGUCAAGUUAAACUGUAAUACGAGUAUUAUGUAUAUAUAAAUUUAUAAAUUAAAUACGCCUAUAUGUAAAAAUAA